UCACUACCUGACGAUCGUUCCCCGUCUCACCAACUGUUUCCCCGACCUGACCCCUAACAAAGCAGGAUGUUGGCGAUCUGGGCGGCAGCGACGGACUUGCCGACACCGGCGACGGCAUUGACCCACAGGACAGUGUCGGCGUUGUCGUCGUCGUCGACCCAGGCAGUGACAUGGUCAAACAGCCACUGGCGGGUGCCCUCGACAUACAGAUCCUUGAGCGCCUUCCGGUCGGGGUCAAAGUCGAUGGGAUCGAGCAGCACGCGGAGCUGCGAGUCUUCGUCGGCAGCGAGGACGAUGGGUCGGCUCUGGUGGUAGAGCUCGCCAUCGAACGUUGCUCUCUUUGACUUGGAAACGAGCUCGCGGAUGUUUGGCACAAGUCUGUGGUACUAGAGAUAGAUCAGAAG